CGCAGGCGUAGUGCGUCACGGGCGGCCAGGCAGCCGGCGGCGUACGGGAGGACGCGUCUGAGGGCCGUGGGGGCGCCGGAUCGGGACGUGCUUUGGGGGGCAUGAGCCGAGGGGACGACGCCGAGGCCACGAGUAUUUCAUAGAGAUUGAUGGAAACAGAAACCAAAACUCUUCCCCUGGAGAAUGCAUCCAUCCUUUCAGAGGGCUCCCUCCAGGAGGGGCACCGCUUAUGGAUUGGCAACCUGGACCCCAAAAUCACAGAAUACCACCUCCUCAAGCUCCUGCAGAAGUUCGGCACAGUGAAGCAGUUUGACUUCCUCUUUCACAAGUCAGGUGCCCUGGAGGGCCAGCCUCGCGGGUACUGCUUUGUGAACUUCGAGACUAAGCAGGAAGCGGAACAAGCCAUCCAGUGUCUCAAUGGCAAGCUGGCUCUGUCCAAGAAACUGGUGGUACGGUGGGCACAUGCCCAAGUAAAGAGGUACGAUCACAACAAGAAUGAUAAGAUCCUCCCCAUCAGCCUCGAGCCAUCCUCCAGCACUGAGCCCGCUCAGUCCAACCUGAGUGUCACCGCGAAGAUCAAAGCCAUUGAGGCUAAGCUGAAGAUGAUGGCUGAGAACCCGGAUGCCGAGUACCCUGCCGCCCCGGUGUAUUCCUACUUCAAGCCGCCCGAUAAAAAAAGGACUACUCCUUACUCAAGAACAGCCUGGAAGUCCCGGAGGUGAUGGCUGCAGUUCCUGUCCCCGUGCAAGCACACGGAUCCCGACCCCUUAGCUCCUCUGCCUCUGUCCUCCCUCGGUGUGACCGGUACUGUCCAACAGAGCACAAAGCACACGGUAGACCGUGGUGACGUAACGUUUUUGGAUGUUCUCACGGCUCUUGCUUCCCUGAAGUAUGUGUGGAAUUGAGCAUUGUCCAGAAUAAAUAGGAUUCUCUCCAAAUCUGUGACUCAAACUCUGGGAUGCGCUAGUUGGCUGGUCUGUUUGAAUUUGUAGCUCCAGAAACAACAUAUAUUGGUGCCAGAAAGGCAAACUUUUUAAAAAGUUACUAUUUCAAUCAGGAAACUAAAUUUAUUAACAUCCGUCUUAAAAAUAAUAGAGCAUUUUUUUUCUGGUGCUCAAGUGUCUUUGCAACAUAAAAGUGAGAGACGGGGAAGGAAGUAAAAUAUUUGGAAUCAUGUUAGGAGCUGGUGUUCCCGAGUUCCCUGCAGCAGUCCCUCUAGCUGGGCUGAAAGAGAAAGUCCUCAGCCAAAGAAAGCUGGUUUUUAGAACAAGGAUUGAGGUCUUUUUUCAAAUGUUGCUUAUUGAUUCAAAAAUCUCAUCUAGGCAGACGUGGUGUAUGGCUUAAAACUCUGCAUCAGCAAAACAAGAAUAAAAUUUAGUAUACACCAACCAUAAUGAAAUUCUAUUUGGAAACCCAACUUUUAUUCUGUAGUGAUUUUUUUGUUUUUUUAAAUAGCCCUGCCACCUUCUGUAAUAUCAAGUGUUAUUUAGCUGUGGGACUUUUUAAAUCGCUCUUAGUGCAUGAGGUUGUUUUUAUCGCAUGAGAAUGUUCCAUUUGGAAUUGCAUCCUGGUCAAAGUAAAUAGGAAAGCAAGCUUUUUCUUUGAAAACCUAGCCACCAUUCGCUGAUGGCUCGCAGACAUCAUUUUCUAGUUGUUUUACGAGAGUCCAAGCAGAGGACACGUGAGUGCCAGGUGCAGGGAGAGGAUGCAGAGGCCAUGGGCGUGAGCCCCAGCCUGGCAGCACUGUCGCAGCGAGCCCCCCGUUUCCGGUUUAAAAGCCUUGGGAGAGGACAGAACUUCUUUUCAGAACGUGCUUCUCCCCAGCCAGGCUCUGCUGCAUGGAACAUGCUGAGGAGAGCAGCAGAGCCCCGGGUGAAGCCACAGGCCUGGCAGCGUCGGUGACGGCAGUCACUUAAUUUCUGUCCGUAACCUUGGUCUCAGGGGCCACAGCAUUGCUGCUUCCCUCGGCAAGUGACUCUCUCAAGGACUGUUCCUAGCAAGAGAAAACUUGGAUUAGAGGAACAUCAAGUCUCCCAGGAGGCCUCCGUGAGUUUAAGAUUCUUGAACCCAAACUGGCAGCAUGGCGAGAUCUACAGGUUCUUAGAACUGAGUCCGAGAAAUUCUUAGAGCCUUUCCCUGGGUAGCUCUUUUUAGAGACUUUAGAACUGUUGCGUAGUUUCUGCGUUUGUUAGUGAUUUGACAUGCUUCCCUUCCAUUCUGAGGGUUAGAUCCAGGAGGGACAUGCACUGGCUCUCCCCCACCCCACCCCACCCCCUUUUUUUUUUGGUCUGGUAACUUCGUAGAACAUAGAGCUCACCAUUUUCUCCUUAAGUUCUCAGCGGGUGAUGGUGGACUAGGACUCGGACGGACUUAAUGCAAAAUCGUCUUCUAUUUUUAAUAGGAUCUUAGAAAAUACUUAACUUUGGAUUCUAGAGAAUCGUUUCCUUUAGAAAACAGAGCUAUUUAUUUGUAUUUAAAGCAGUGUUUAUUUGUACCGAUUCUUACUCUUCUGUGUGAAUAAACGCAAGACAUUGUG